AUGAACCCAAAGGACAGAUUACAGCAUGCCAGGGACCUACAACUAUGUUUCAACUGCCUCAGCCCCCACAAGUUCGCCGACUGUCAAUCAACGCAAACCUGCCGGACGGACGGAUGCAGUAAGAAACACCACACACUUCUGCACAACAGCAGCACCUACAACUCGACGACACAGAGGGAGACAGCCAACCGGAACUCCAGACAACAUGACGACACCACCAACUGCAGCACCAGCAUAAGCAGAAGGAAAUCGACUCGCCACAUUCCGACCCUGCCAAUAACGAUCUCUCAUGGCAAACAUAGAGUUCAUGCCUAUGCAAUGCUUGAUUGUGGAAGCAAACUGACAUUGCUUAAAUCAUCAAUCGCCCUCCAACUCAAACCAGAUCUGCAAUUAGACGACACCAUCCAGCUAAACCAAGCACUGACAUCAUCAGACACAGCUUCUACAAAGAUGACGAUCGCGAUUGGACCCUACAACCAGCAAAAGCAGCCAUUUCAACUAAAUGACAUCGACGUCAUAAUGGAUUGGAACCUUUCCCAAUUCAACCCUGAACUCGUCAACUCCAUCUGCCAAAGGAACGAGCCACUUCAACACAUUCGGAUAGCCACACUGCCCUCGAAAGAAAUCGGAAUCAUCAUUGGAUGCGAUUUCGCCGAACUCGUGACACCUUCAGAAGUAAUCCAUUCAAAACAAAAUGUGCCUAUUGGAUGGAAAACGCCACUUGGAUGGUCUCUCUGUGGACGAGACAAUGCAGCGACACCCAACGACAUCAACACAAUCAACUUCACGACAGACGAUUCACUGUUUCGCCACGUAGCUGAAUGGAUGAAAAUGGACGCCGAAGGGAUUUCAACUGACCAACGCAGCCUCUCAACAGACAAGGAAGCUCUCCGCAUCUUGGAAUCUUCAACAACCCGCUUGCCCAAUGGACACUACGAAGUUGGAAUGCUUUGGAAACGUGGACAACAACUGCCAAACAAUAGAUGGCUUGCCAAGAAGCAGCUCGACAGCCUUCUCCAACGGCUGAAGAGAAACACCGAGAUGGCACAGAAAUAUCAGGAGACCAUUGACACCGACUUGCAGAAAGGUUUCAUAGUCAAAGUUGAUGAUUCCCAUGAAGACUCAACAGGAAAAUGGUACCUUCCUCAUCAUCCAGUGACAAACAUCAAUAAACCUGGCAAGGUACGCCGAGUCCUUAAUGCAUCGAGCAUCUACAAAGGAGUAUCACUCAACAGCAACCUACUAACUGGACCAGACCUCCUCACAAACCUCACUGGAAUCGUUAUGCGAUUUCGCGAGGACCAAAUCGCUAUUUCUACCGACAUUGAAGCAAUGUUCAUGCAGGUCUUCGUGAGCCCAGAAGACCAGCCGUAUUUGCGAUUUCUGUGGAAGGACAACACGGGCCAACCCGCAACCUUCCAAUACACCCGCCAAAUCUUCGGAGCUACCGACUCACCAUGUGUUGCCUGCUACGCCACUCGACAAUGUGCGAAGGACAAUGCCGACAAAUAUCCAGCCUUGGAGCAAAUCACAAAACGCAACAUAUAA